CACCAAGGACCAUCUCAAUUUCACACGGAGUGGAGUCAACUUAAAUACAUAUUCAUCGUAUUAUCCAAAUUCAAUUUUUAAUAACUUCGACAAUUCUCAAUUUUCUGUGUGUGAGCUGCGCCUUCAGUGAUCAUUCCAUUGUUUUACCAUUCUAAUUUAGCUGUGCCAAAUGAAUCAGAAGAAUGGCAAUGAUGAAGAAAGUUUAAAUUGAAAGACAUCAACACACACCAAGAUUAUCUCUAACCAUUUACUCAAUCAGGUGUUAGUGGUUGAGUGUACAUGUCAUAGGUAUUGCAUGGACCAACAUUAUUUUUGUCACAAAAAAAUUGUUAAAAAAUGGAUCCCUUGUUCACCACGACUGAUUUGCCAUUGCUAAGCAAUUGGACCAACGCUUCAGGGCUCAAUGGAACUGAUCUAGACGGAAACCAGUUUGUGCAACCAGUUUGGAGAAUUGUUCUAUGGGCUUUCGCCUACAGUUGCAUGGUUACUGUGUCUCUGGUGGGGAACGUCGUAGUAAUAUGGAUCAUUAUGGCGCAUAAACGAAUGAGAACUGUGACCAACUAUUUUCUGUUGAACCUGGCGUUUGCAGAGGCGUCUAUGUCAGCCUUCAACACCGUUAUCAACUUCGUCUAUUCCGUCCACAAUGAGUGGUACUUCGGGCUGAUGUACUGUCGCUUUCACAACUUCUUCCCCGUCGCUGCUGUCUUCGCUAGUAUCUACUCUAUGACUGCGAUAGCGGUGGACAGGUACAUGGCCAUCAUCCACCCCUUGCAGCAGCGUAUGUCGUCCACAGAGACCAAAGUGAUCGUGGGAGUGAUCUGGGUACUGGCUCUGCUCCUGGCCUUCCCUCAGUACCACUACUCAGUGACAGAAGAGCUGCCUGGACGAAUCAUCUGCUACAUCGAGUGGCCCGAAUACUCUGGCUUCGACUACAGAAUUAUGUACUACAUGUGCGUGACAGUGCUGAUCUACUUCCUGCCUCUACUGGUGAUGGGCUGUGCCUAUCUGGUGGUGGGCUUCACUCUCUGGGCCAGUAACAUACCUGGAGACUCCUCUGACCGCUACAAAGAGCAGCUCACUGCCAAACGCAAGGUGGUGAAGAUGAUGAUCGUGGUGGUGUGCACGUUUGCUAUCUGCUGGCUGCCCUACCACGUGUACUUCCUGCUCCAUCUGUUCUUCCCCCUCCUGUUUGAGACGCUCUACAUCCAACAAGUCUACCUGGCUGUCAUGUGGCUGGCCAUGAGCUCCACCAUGUACAACCCAAUCAUCUACUGCUGUCUCAACGACAGGUUCCGAGCUGGCUUCAAGCAGGCGUUCCGAUGCUGUCCCUGUGUUCCCGCUGGCUCUUACGAGGGUCUGGAGCUCAAGUCCACACGUUACCUACAGACCCAGACCAGCAUGUAUAAGACCAGUCGCAUGGAGACCGCUGUGUCCGCCGUGCCGCACGUGGUCGAUGACUUGGAGCCUCCCAGGUUCGGGGCCCUAUCUGGGGACGGGUGUGAGGCCGGGGCGCGGGGGGUUGGCGUAGGGGGCGUGAGGUUGUGUGCGGCGGCACCCAGGCGCUCCUCUCUGGACCUGACUUCCAAUGGCUCUUCGUCCCGCAGCAUCUCCAAGACCGUUUCGGAGACCUCCAGCUUCUACAACAACCUGCCUGAGUAGCAAGGGGAGAGUAGAGUCAAGCACCGCUGAACACUCUCUCACAAUAUCUGCCAAUGGGGACCGUGUGCAUGUGUGUUUGUGUGUGUGUGGCCGUGAAUGUGUUUGUGUGUGAGUGUACAUUUGAGUUGGUGUGUGGGUUCCAUCCAUGUAUGUGGAUGAUGUCCUUUCAUUGAAUGUUGGGCAUCAAGUCUACCGCCUGUGACUAAGGCUUGGUUUGGUUCCCCUUCAGAGGGCUUUCCAGUGUGCCCUGAUUCAAACUAAACAGGAGUCAGUAGACACUAAGGCCAUAAGGCAUACUUAGCCCACACUACCUGGUACCUGCUGUACACAAGUUAGCUGAGAACGUCACGAAAACGAUGCGCACGCUUCAAUGGGGCAGAAAGCCGUGUGUUGUUGGGAUUCUGGAUGGCCAGGUAGCUAGCAACAAUGAAAAGUGGGGAAUCGUGAGUGGCUCGUUUCACCUAGUUUUACCUUGUUUUUUGAGGUUUUUAUGCUAAAAUGGCUCAAAUUCGCCUGCUAGCUAACCAAGAAAUGUAAGGAUGUAUUUGAGAGACAACAUGUACUCAUUGUCCAACUUUAUUUAUGUUUUCAAUAAACAUUGGAGACAAAAUGUAGUUUACAUGUUGUCAGAAAUUUAAACCGAACCUGUCUGUUUUGCCCCAUAGUUGCACACGUGUCGGUUUUGUUGCUAAACAGCCAACCCGUUUAUAGCCCGCAGAGCUAAAGGCUGGGUCACAAGACUUGAUCAAUACAGAAAACAAGCUUAAUACAGGACCCAGCCCUAACUGAACCCUAGAACCUUUACACUGUCCACAAAGCUUCAAUUAACAGAAUCUACCUAAAACUUACCUAGCAUAUUAUCAGUUGCUUCUAAUGCUCAUAUUCUCACCAGUACUUCUGAAUGAUGCAUUAGUGUGUGAUUGCUGGGAGAACAGUCAGUUCUCAUGAAAAUGUUUAUGAUAAGCUUGGUAUUCCGGUUGCAUAGCCUAAGACCCUGAAACGAAGCCCGGGGUUAAUAAGCCAGCACUCCAUGGGAAACUAGACUACUGGGAAACUAAAUUAGACUACUGGGUGUGUGUUUAGCUGGUGGCUUUUCAGCAUGACUUCAGUGGAAUAAUGUGGAAUAGACCUGAACAGAGUGCUCGUCAGCUGUGUACUUCACAGGACAUCAGGCAGUGGAGAAGUGUAGUGUGAUUACAUAAACAAAGAGAAAC